AUGGUCAUAUCGGUCUCAGGAUGUGAUGUUCCUCUUCCCUCUGUCCAGUUUAUUCAUUGUAUUUCUCUCCUCCAGAAGGGGCUGAGCCGUGCUCCUACCUCCCCCACCAUCACCAUGUCUUACCAGAAGGAGCUGGAGAAGUACCGGGACAUAGACGAGGAUGAGAUCCUACGAGGGAUGUCCGCGGAGGACCUGGCCCAGCUGGACCUAGAGCUGCAGGAGAUGGACCCCGAGAACAUCAUGCUCCCGGCAGGAAUGCGUCAGAGAGACCAAACGAAGAAGUCCCCCACCGGACCGCUGGAUCGAGACGCCCUCUUGCAGCACCUGGAGCAGGAGGCCAUCAACGCCAAGGAGAGGGAAGAUCUCGUGCCGUUUACAGGAGAAAAGAAAGGAAAGCCGUUCAUCCCCAAAAACCCGAAACGUGAGAUCCCUAAAGAGGAGCAGAUCACACUGGAGCCGGAGCUGGAGGAAGCCCUGGCCAACGCAACCGACGCCGAGAUGUGCGAUAUCGCAGCCAUCUUGGGGAUGUACACAUUGAUGAGUAAUAAGCAAUACUAUGACGCCAUUACUUCUGGAAUCAUCACCAAUACGGAGGGCAUCAACAGUGUGGUAAAGCCAGACCAAUACAAGCCUGUCCCUGAUGAGCCACCCAACCCAACCAAUGUGGAGGAAACUCUGCAGAAGAUCAAGAGCAACGCCUCUGACUUGGAGGAAGUCAAUCUGAAUAACAUCAAGGACAUUCCCAUCCCAACACUAAAGGAUAUCUGUGAGUCUAUGAAAGGCAACACUCAUGUCAAGAGGCUGAGUUUAGUGGCCACCCGUAGUAACGACCCCGUGGCUUACGCUGUAGCUGAAAUGUUGAAGGGAAAUAAGACUUUGGAGAGUCUGAAUAUCGAGUCAAAUUUUAUCUCCAGUGCGGGGAUGCUGGCCGUCAUUCUGGCCAUGAAACACAACUCUACGUUGACUGAACUGAAGGUGGAUAAUCAGCAUCAGAACCUCGGAGACACGGUAGAGAUGGAGAUGGCCUCUAUGAUUGAAAAACUGUCCUUCUAUUAUUCGAUUUGGGUACCAUUUUACAAGGCAGGGACCAAGGGCACGGGUAUCAUCGGCAAUCACCAGAAACCUGGAGCUCCGUAA